AUGGAAAGAAAAGUAAGCAGAAUCUAUCUUGCUUCUGAACCUGAUAUAAUUCAUUUUCUACAAGUUGCUUGGGAGAAAACACUAGGAUCUGGUUUUGUUAUUACACUUACUGAUGGGCAGUCAGCAUGGACUGGGACAGUUUGUGAAUCAGACAUUUCCCAAGAAGCUGAUGACAUGGCAAUGGAAAAAGAGAAAUAUGUUGAUGAACUGAGAAAAGCAUUGGUGUCAGGAGCAGGACCAACUGACACAUACAAGUUUAAUUUUUCUAAAGAAUCUCAUCACUUCUCCUUUGAGAAAAACUUGAAAGAUGUUUCAUUCAGGCUUGGUUCCUUCAACCUAGAGAAAAUUGCAAGCCCAGCUGAGGUCAUUAGAGAACUUAUUUGUCACUGCCUGGACACCAUUGCAGAAAGCCAAGCCAAAAAUGAGCACCUGCAGAAAGAAAAUGAAAGGCUUCUGAGAGAUUGGAAUGAUGUUCAAGGACGGUUUGAAAAAUGUGUGAGUGCUAAGGAAGCUGUAGAGACUGAUCUUUAUAAACGGUUCAUUCUGGUGCUGAAUGAGAAGAAAGCAAAGAUCAGAAGCUUACAUAAAUUGUUAAAUGAAGUUCAAGAACUGGAAAAGAACAUCGAACAUAAGAUGGAAACUCCAACAUGUUCUGAAAUGACUACUGACAGAGAUGCAGUCUAUGAUGAAAGUACUGAUGAGGACAGUGAAAUUCCAUCUAAUCCUGUGUUAACUCCAGCUACUGUAAGAAGAGAUGAUUCCAUUAUUUCAAGUCCUGAUAUCCCUGAUAUUGCACCAAGUAGAAAGAGGAGGCAGCGAAUGCAAAAAAAUCUGGGGACAGAACCUAAAAUGGCCUCUCAGGAGCAACAGCUUCAAGAAAAGGAAAAGCUUGAUCCUCCACUACCUGAGAUGCCGAAAAAGGAUCAUGGCUCAGCUGAAAACAUGUCCUUAGAAACUCUAAGAAAUAGUAGUCCAGGAGACCUCUUUGAUGAGAUUUAAUUGUCUCAAAAAGUACUUUGAUAUUCACAAGACUAUGUUUUCUAUCCCAUUCUUUAAACUGCAAAAACAAAAUUUCAACUCAGCAGCGGCCCUUAGGGCACCUUACGAUUUAAUUACAUACACAGUGAGCUGAAACCAUCGUGCAAAAUGGAUUACACAUGUAUAUGAAAAUAUGAUUUGAUGACAGUGGUACAUUAUUCUAAUAUGUUUAUUCAGCAUGCCUGUAAUUACAUAAAAUCUCAGACCUUUUUAUUGCAAAGGUCACAUGUACCUUAUUCAUUUCAUACAUAUUAUAUGUAAUAGCUGUCUAUCCUGUCUAGG